CAGUGCAAAUACCCAUCAGACGUGCUGAGGUCAACAUUCCAGAAAACAGCCAGCUCCAGAAGCCUCCACCAUCUUUCAUUGGGGAUCCACAGUUACAGGGUGGUUUUUUUUCUGCAAUUAUUCUUGGUGGGGAAGGCAGGCAGGAGAGCAGGAGCCAAUCAGUGAUGAAGAGGCUGGCUGAAGAACUGUCCAAUCAGGCGGGCCAAGGUAGGCGGUGUCUUCCGGUGUCAUGGCGUCAAUUGCAAGGCCAGGGCACAAAAGGGAGCACUAAAUGUUUGCUAGACCACUGUUUUUUGCUUCUAUUCGCUGUGGACUGCUUAGAAAGAACCUGGGAGACCUCCAAUCUACGCAAUGGAGGUGGUAACCUUGGAGGAUGUGGUUGUGAACUUCAGCAAUGAGGAGUGGACUUUGCUGAGUGUAUCCCAAAAGAACCUCUACAGAGAUGUGAUGGGCGAAACCUUUAGGAACAUGACUGCAAUAGGAGGACUUGGGGAUAUCCAGGAAGCUGAAAAAGAAUGCAAAAUUUACUGGAGAUACUUAAGAAAUGAAAAGCUAGGGAAAUCCUAUGGACAUACAUCUUGGAAUCAGUGUAAAGAAGUAUUCCCUUGUAAUGCAGAAGGUAAUGUGAAUGUGAAAGAAGCAGAAACACAUCACAAAGUUCAGAUCAAUGAAAAAUAUUGCAGUGGAGGGAAACCCUAUAUAUGUCAACAAUGUGGAAAAGGUUUCACCAAAUCUGAACAUUGUAAGCAACAUGAAAGAAUUCACACUGGAGAGAAACCAUAUGUAUGUAAGCAAUGUGGGAAAGGUUUUACCCAACAUGGAAAUUGUUAUCAACAUGAAAGAAUUCACACUGGAGAGAAACCAUACGUAUGUAAGCAAUGUAGGAAAGCUUUUAACACACGGGGAAAUUGUAAAAUACAUGAAAGAAUUCACACUGGAGAGAAACCGUAUGUAUGUAAGCAGUGUGGGAAAGCUUUUAACAAACGGGCAGAUUGUAAAAACCAUGAAAGACUUCACACUGGAGAGAAACCUUAUGUAUGUAAGCAAUGUGGGAAAGCUUUUUACACACAGGGAGAUUUUAAGAUACAUGAAAGAAUUCACACUGGAGAGAAACCCUAUGUAUGUAAGCAAUGUGGGAAAGGUUUUACCCGACAUGGAAAUUGUAAGCAACAUGAAAGAAUUCACAUUAUCGAGAAACCAUAUGUAUGUGAGCAAUGUGGGAAAGCUUUUAAAACACGUGCAAAUUGUAAGGUUCAUGUAAGAAUUCACAAUGGAGAGAAACUUUAUGUAUGUAAGCAAUGUGGGAAAGCUUUUAGCACACAUGGACAUUGUAAGGCACAUGAAAGAAUUCACACUGGAGUGAAACCAUAUGUAUGUAGGCAAUGUGGGAAAGCUUUUAACACACGGGGGUAUUUUAAGCAACAUGAAAGAAUUCACACUGGAGAGAAACCCUAUGUAUGUAAGCAAUGUGGGAAAGCUUUUACCCGACAUGGACAUUGUAAGGCACAUGAAAGAAUUCACACUGGAGUGAAACCAUAUGUAUGUAAGCAAUGUGGUAAAGCUUUUAACACACAGGCAAAUUGUAAAAUACAUGAAAGAAUUCACACUGGAGAGAAACCCUAUGUAUGUAGGCAAUGUGGGAAAGCUUUUAACACACGGGGAUAUUUUAAGAAACAUGAAAGAAUUCACACUGGAGAGAAACCCUAUGUAUGUAAGCAGUGUGGCAAAGCUUUUAGCACACAUGGACAUUGUAAGCAACAUGAAAGAAUUCACACUGGCGAGAAACCAUAUGUAUGUAAGCAAUGUGGGAAAGCUUUUACCCAACAUGGACAUUUUAAGCAACAUGAAAGAAUUCAUACUGGAGAGAAACCCUAUAUAUGUAAGCAUUGUGGGAAAGCUUUUACCCAACAAGGAAAUUGUAAGCAACAUGAAAGUUCACACCCAAGAAAAAACCAGUGUGUGUAAGUAUCAUAAAUUUUUGGAGCACAAGUGCAUAUUGCAUAAUGCAUGAAAAACUUCACACUGGGAAGAAAACUUAUAUAUGUAAGGAAUGUGGGAACGGUUUCAGCAGAAAUGCUCAUUGUCCAAUACAUGAAAAAAUUUACACUGUUGAGAAACCCUGUUUAUGUGAAGAAUGUGGGAAAGCUUUCACCACACAUGGAUUUUGAUGUAAAAUACAUCAAUGACUCCACACUGGUGAGAAACCCUAUGUAUAUAACAAUGUGGCAAAGCUUUUACCACGCACAGUUAUUGCAAAGCACAUGAAAGAAUUCACACUCGGUCGAACCACUGGCUACGUAAGCAAGUGGAGACACUUUCAGCAGCCAGAUUGUAAGUGAAAUAUGUGAAGAAACUCACACUAGAGAUAAAUCCUAUGUGUUAUGGAUUUAUCUCAGCACACAUGAUCAUUGCUGCAUAUCUGAAAGAGCUCACUGAAUCCUAUGUGUAUUAACAAUGUGAGAAAUAUGGCAAUCCAUUUUUGUUGUUAAAUACAUAGAAAAAGCAGCACUCUUCAGACAGUUUAGAUCUAAGUUUAGUUUAAAAAUUCCAAAUAGACCUGAAGAAAUAAUCAUUACAGAAGUUUGAUGUCAAUAUUUCUUCACAAGUUUUCCAGAAGUGACAAAUCUGAAGUGGAGCUCUACUCAAGUACAUAUUUUUUAUGGUUUUCAGUUAAUCACUUAUACCUCUUUAGAUUUUUUAAAGUGUCUUUGUGCUUCAACAUGGCAUCUUGUAAUUAAACAUGGUAAACUGAAAUGGGCUUUUCACUUUCAAGUAUGAAUAGUGUCUAUGUACUUAAUAUUUUGUCUUUAAAACUUAAUUUUUAUAUUUUUGAUGAAUUAUUUUUAUUUAAAGAAAAAAAACCAAAAAGUGUAGAAAUAAUACAGAAGUUCUGAAAAAUAAACAAUAAGAAAUCACUAGUUGAUUAGUUACAUAUUGUUAUCUUAGAAGUCAUUGUUCAAGUCACAAAAUUAAAGCAUACAAAGUGAUAUUCAAAUAAUGACACUGUGAACAGUUCACCUCAGUGAUCCAACAGGAACUUAUUAAUAUGCUUAUCUGUUGUACAAACUUGUUUUUUAUCUUAAAGAUUGUAAGACUAAACAUGACAAAACAGAACAGUUCACAAGGAAAUAAGUUAAGGAAACACAGGUUUCACAUCAAGUCCACUGAGAUGUUCAUUUUCUAUCUUACUGUCUCUAGUUUUCUUCAAAAUAUUUGUUCACAUCUUCACAUGCAUUGAAUAGAUUCUGAACAUUAUAGAACUAAUCAAAUAAUUACAGGAUAAUGCACCCUUUUUUGAUCUUCAAGACUGAUUUUGGGGAAGUUGAUAAUGAUUACCAUAAUGUGUCUCAUUCUGUUCGUAGUUGACGUCUUUAUUUUCAUGUAUGCUGAAACUGAACAUAAGACACUAAACCAAUAUCACUUUGAACAGUGAAUAAUAGUAUCCUUAGAAGGAGAAAGGUGAGGAAUUGCCUAAAAAAAGAAGGCAGAGGACAUUGUUAAAAGUGUAUCAGGAUUUAAAAGCUACAGUAGUUCUGUUGCUCUGUUUAUUUUGAUUAUAUUUUGUUGUGGUCUGUCUACUCGUUAGAUUUGAGGGCACAGAGAGAUAACCCAAAAAUAGAAGGUUAUACUAUGAUGGUAUCUGUCCUUAAUUUUCUGUUAACUAAAACUGAAACCCUAUAUUAGUUACACUGUCUUACUAUGACUGAUGUUAUUUGAAGCUGGAUUGUUUGAAUGUUAUUUGGCCUUGACUGAUUUUAUUCACAUUUGGUAUGCUUGCUGGUAUCAAGUCCAACAGUAGAGGCAACUACUCUGAAGAUGAUAAGAUGUGACAGAUAUAUAUUGUGGGGCUGGGGAUUUAGCUCAGUGGCUUAAGCCCCUGCCUGGCAAGUGUGAGGUUUCCAGUUUGAUCCCCAGUACCAAAAAAAAAAAAAAAAAAAAAAUUAAAUGAAUAAAAGAUAUAAAUUCCAGGUUUAAUUUUUUUUAUUUAAAGAAAAAAAAAGAACAUAAAAAAACAAAGCAGUAAAAGGGUACAAAUAAUACAGAAUUUCAAGAAAAAAAUACAGUAAGAAAUCACUAGUUAAUAGGUUAUAUAUUGUCUUCUUUGAAACAGUUGUCCAAAUUAUAAAAUUAAAGCAUCUAAAAUGAACAUUCCUACAGUGAGAUUGCAGACAGUUCUGUUCAAUGAUCCAACAAAAGCUCAGUAAUAUGGUUUUCCUUCCUACACACUCAAACAGGCACUUAUAUCCUUUAGACCACCUUCAUUUCCUCUCUUCUUCACAAUAACAAUUACACUUUUGAGUUUUUUUUACUCCCAUAGUUCUUAUUACUUUUUUUGAAGAGAAUUAAACCUCAAGUGAGUUAACAAACAGAUUUGGUUAGAACAUAAGGAUGGGCAUAGUAUUUGAUGCAAAAUAGUAUAUCAGCUGAUCAAAAAUGGUUACCAUUGUGCCUCUUGCUAUUUUUAAAAAGAGUUGCUAUAUCAUCAGGUAUAAUAGAAUUGAUCAAAACAGUAGAGAAAAAGACCAAUAAAAUCUACACUGGAGACCUUAUAGGAUUUCAAAAAAAGAUAAUAGUCAAACCAUAAUGGGCAUCAUAUUAAAUCUUACUGCCUACAAAGUGGUUGCCUAUACCCUCAAACUUGAUACUAUCAAACAAAAUAGAAUAUAGUAAAAUCAGGCAGAACAAGAUGAGGAGAGCAAUACUGGGGUUCAAACCAGGUUAAUAGGAAAACAAAUAGUUACUAUAAUAUAUCCCGCUAUUUUUAAUUUAGUUUUCCUUUAAUAGAAAAAAAUAAAAAAAUAGAAUAAUUUUUUUUAAAAAGGGUGGAUAUCGAGAUAAAAAAGACAUUGUAAUAGAACAACACAGGUCAGAACUGAACAAGUAAAGCAUCAUUUUGUUUCACCACCAGAUAAUCUAACAUAAUAGUAGUCACCAUAGUGCCUCUUUCCUUGAGUUAUUUGAGUAUAACUUCGUAUACUAUAGAAUCAAUCAUAUCAAGACAGUGUGAAGCCAUUCAAGGGUAUGAAAGAAUUACAGGGUAUUUAGAGCCAGUUAACAGAAAAUGAACAAUUUCUAUAUUAUCUCUUUGCCUCUAAAAAUUUUUAUUUAUACUAUCACAUACAGUAAAAUAUAUUAAGACACAACAUGGUAAAAUCAGUGGAAAUAUGUACAACAGCUUGAUGGGAGUUCCAAAGAAGAUAUUAUAUCAGCACUAGCUUUUAUGAUGUGUUAUUUUCUUCAGAAUAGCUAUUCGACUAUCCUCGAUACUAAAAUCGAGAAACCCAGGAUAAAACCAUUGCACUUAAUGAGUAAAAACAUUAUAUGGAUUCAAACCAAUAUGAUUGGGUAUCAUGAUUACCACAUACUUCUAUGUAUUAUCAUUUCUUAUACUAGGGAAUAUAUUCAGUAUUUAUACAUUUGAGUUUGAUUUAUUUCACUUCUGAAUAUGGUCUCAAGCUGUGUCCAUUUAUUUAUAUGACAAUGUGAUCAUUCUUUAUAGCUGAGUAGUACUCCAUUGUAUAAAAACACCAUAAUUUUUUUAUCCAUUCCUCAGUUGAUGAACACUUAGGUUGUUUCCAAGAUCUGGAUAUUACAAACUAUGCUGCUAUAAAAAUGGGUGCACAUAUAUCACUAUGGAAUGAUGCUUUCAGUUCUGUGACUAUGCCUAGAAAUAGAAUAGCUGGGUCAAAAGGUGCUUCCGGUCGCAGCUUUCUGGAAGUCUCCAGACUGACCUUCACAAUGGUUGCACCAGGCUACACUCCCAUGAACAGUGCAAGAGAGUUCCUUUUUCCCAACAGUGUCUCCAACAUUUGUUGUUGGUGGUUUUCUUGAUCUUGGCCAUUCUUUCCGGAGUGAGAUGAAAUCUCAGUGUGGUUUUAGUAUGCAUUUCUCUAAUGACCAUUGAUGGUGAACAUUUUUUUCAUGUAUUUAUUUGUCAUUUGUAUUUCUUCAUCUCAAAAUUGUUUAUUCAUGUCAGAUGCUCAUUUUUGGAUUGGGUCUUUGAAUUUUGGUGGUCUCAUUUUUGAAAAUUCUUUAUGUGUUUUAGACAGAAGUCCUCUGUCUAAGGGGCAGUUCACUAAGAUUUUUUCCCAGUUUGUGGGUUUUCUUUUCACUAUACUGGAGAUUCCUUUUGAUGUGCAGAAACUUUUUAAUAAGAGGUGAUCCCAAUGAAUCAUUCUGGGAAGCAUUUCCCAUGCGGUUUGAGUCCUGUUCAAUUCUCUACCUACUCCUAGUCUUCAAGGUUUUUACCCAAUUUGUCUUCCAAUAGAUUUAGUGUUUCUGUUUUAAUAUUUAGAUCUUUGAUCCAUUUAGAUUUUAUUUUAUUACAUGGUGAUAGGCAUGGGUCUAGUUUUAGUUUUAGGCAUAUGGAGAGCCAGUUUUUCACCACCAUUUAUUAAACAGAAUGUCAUUCUUCCAGUGAACAUGUUUGGCCCCUUUAUCAAAGAUCAGGGAGUUGAGUGUGUUUGUAGUGGUUGUUGUAUCUUCUCAUCUAUUCCACUGAUCUUCAGCUCUGUUUUGCUUCCAGUACCAUGUUGAUUGUACUACAGUUGCUUUGUAGUAUAACUUCAAGUCAAGGAUUGUGGUACCUCCUGCCUUGCUUUUGCUGCUUCUAAUUGUCCUUGCUAUUCUAGGUUUCUUCUCAUUCCAGAUGAAUUUUAGGGGUGAUUUCUCAAGUUCUAUGAGGUAUGUUGAUGGUAUUUUUAUCAGGAUUGCAUUGCAUCUGAAUAAAAGUUUUGGGAGAAUGGCCAUUUUCACAAUAUUUACUCUUCCUAUUCAUGAGCAAGGGAUGUCUUUCCAUUUUCUGAGAUCAUCUUCAAUUUCAUUUUUCAGUGUGUUAUAAUUUUCCCUGUAUAGGUCUUUCACUUCUUUCGUGAGAGUAAUUCCUUUUUUUUGGUUGCUAGUAUGAAGGUUGUGGCCUGUCUUAUUUCUGUCUCUGUGACUUUAUUGUUAGUGUGUAGGAAUGCUAUUGAUUUUUGAGUAUUGAUUCUGUAUCCAGCUACAUUACUGAAUUUAUUAUAUCUAGGAGUCUUUCAAUGGCGCUUCGGGGAUCUUCUAUAUAAAGUAUCAUGUCAUCUGCAAAUAAUGAUAAUUUAACUUCUUUUUGUAUCUUUACACCUUUUAUUUCUCUCUCUUGUCUAAUUGCUCUGCCCAGUAUUUCCAGUACUAUAUUAAAUAGGAGCUGUGAUAAGGGGCAUCCUUGCCUUGGGCCUGAUUUUAAAGUAAAGGCCUUCAAUUUUUUACCAUUUAGUAUGGUACUGGCUGUUGCUUUGUCAUUGCCAGGCUUAAUUAUAUUGAGUAAGGACCAUCUAUUCCAAUUUUCUGCAAAGUUCUUAUCAUAAAUGAAUGUUGGACCUCAUCAAAAGCUUUUUCUGCAUCUAUAGUAAAGAUCAUAUGCUUAUAACUUUUGGCUCUAUUGAUAUGGUGUAUUACAUUUAUUGAUUUACAUAUAUUAAACAAUCUCUGCAUGCAGGGAUGAAUCCCCCUUGGUCAUGAUAUAUGAUCUUCUUGUUGAUUUGCUGCAUCCUGUUUUCCAAUAUUUUAUUGAGGAUUUUUGCAUCCUUGUUCAUUAGGCAGAUUGGUCUGUAGUUCUCUUUUUCUCUUUAUGAAGGAUUGCUUCCCUUUCCAUUACGGAGUGUUGGCAUUAAGCGUUCUUUAUAUUUCUUGCAGAAUUCUUCAGUGAAUCUGUCUGGGCCUGGGCUCCUCUUUGUAGGUAACGAUUUUAUUAUGUUUUCAAUUUCAUUAAUAGAAUUUGGGUUAUUCAGUAGAUUUACAUCUCAUGACCUAGCUUUGGUACUUCAUAUGCUUUUGGAAUCUGUCUAUUUCCUCUGUGUUAUAAAACCUUUGAGAGUAGAAGUUUUCGAAAUAGGUGUUGAUGAUCUUCUGUAUUUCAAUAGGGUCUGUAGUAAUUUCACCUCUUUUAUUCCUUAUUGCAUGUAUUUGAACAUUUUCUUCCAUUUUUAAAAUAAGGUUGGCUAGGGGCUUUUCAAUUUUAUUUAUUCUUUCAAAGAACCAGGUCUUUGAUUCACUGAUUUUUUUGGAUUGUUUUUUUAGUCUCUAUUGCAUUGAUUUCUGCUCUGAUUUUUAUAAUUUCUUCUUUUCUUUUGGCUGUGGGCUUGACUUGCUCUUCUUUUUCUAGAUGUUUGACGUAUAACGUCAGGUUAUUUGUUUGUAUUCGUUCUGUUUUCCUAAUGUGGGAACUCAUGCUAUAAAUUUUCCUUAGAGAACAGCUGUCAUUGCAUCACACAGAUUCUGGUACGUUUUAUUUGUGUUUCCAUUUGUUUGUAGGUAUUAUUUAAUUUCUUCUUUAAUUUCCUCUGUGACUCACUUAUUACUCAAGAGUGUUAUUCAGUUUCCAUGUGUUUGUGGGAUUUUUGCCGUAUUUUUCAUCAUUAAUUUCUAAUUUCAUCAUGGUAUGGUCUGGUAGCAUGCAAGGGAUAAUUUCAACCAUUUUGCAUUUAUUUAAAUAUGCUCUGUGUAUUAAUAUAUGGUCUAUUUUAGAGAAUGACCCAUGUAAUACUGAGAAGAAUGUGUAUUCUGUUGUUGGGUGGAAUACUCUGUAUAUGUCUAUUAAGUCCAUUUAUUCACAGGUGCGAUUCAGUUCUUUUAUUUCUUUGCUCAUUUUCUGUCUGGUUGAUCUGUCCAUUGGUGUCAGUGGUGUGUUAAUAUCUCCUGUUAGAAUUGUGUUACUGCUAAUUUGAUUUUUCGUUUUUGUUAGUACUUGUUUUAUAUAAUUGGGUGCUCUGGAGUUUGGUGCAUAUAAAUUUAAGAUAGUUUUCUCUUCCUCUUGAAGCUUUCCCCUAAGCAGUAUUUAGUGACCUUCUUUAUCCCUUCUGAUCAUUAUUGGCUUAAAGUUCACAUUGUCUGCAAACAAAAUAGCUACCUCUGGUUUUUUUUUUUUUUGUUUGUUUGUUUUGCUUUGUUUUUUUGGUUCCUGUUGCAUGAAAUAUUGUUUUCCAUCCUUUGACUUUCAGUCUGUGAGUAUCCUUUUGGGUUUAGAUGGGUUUCUUGCAGACUGCAUAUGGUUGGAUUUUGUUUCUUAAUCCAUUCUGCCAGUUGGUUUCUUUUAUUGGUCCAAUGAGACCAUUUACAUUAAUGGUUAGAACUGUUAUAUAUUGGUUUAUUGUUGACAUAUUAUCUUUCUGCUGUUGCAUCUUUAUCUUUCUGCUCUUUCUAACUUUCUGUUUUGUUUAGAGGUUUUUUCCUAAAUGUAUCUAGGCUGUCUUUCAGUAUUCUUUGCAGGGUUGGCUUGGUGAUCAUGAAGUUUUUCAGCUUUUCUUUGUCACAGAAGUAUCUUAUUUCUCCAUUGAUUUUGAAGGACAGUUUUUCAGGGUACAUCAGUCUAGGUUGGAAAUCAUUUUCCUUUAGGAUCUGAAAUACUUCACUGGAUGCUCUUCUUGACUUUAUUGUUUGUGCUGAGAAGUCUGCUGUGAUUCUGAUACAUUUUCCUUUAUAGGUGAUCUGUCUCUUUUCUCUGACAGUUUUUAAUAUUCUAUUCUUUUGCUCAAUUUCUGGGAUGGUCUUUAUUAUAUGUCUGGGUGUAGAUUUAUUUUGGUUAUGGCUAUUUGGAUUUCUAUAUGCUUCAUUGAUCUUAAUAUUAGUUUCCAAUAUCGUGUUUGGGAAAUUUUCAGCUACCACUUCUCUAAAUAUUAUCUUGACAUCCUUUAUGUUGUCUCCUUUUUCAUUUAUCCCUAUCAACCUUAUGUUGUUCUGCUUUGCAUCAUCUUGCAGGUGUUGAAUAGUUAUUUCCUGAUUUCUUGUUAUUUUUAAAAGAUCUUUCCUUUCCUGUUCAUUGGCUGCAAUCUUGUCUUCGGGUUCUGAGAUUGUAUCUUCACAUUCAUUGAGGCAGUUUUUACAACUUUCAAUGGAGUUUUUGAUUUCCUGUAUAUCACUUUGCAUCUGCUUUAUGUAUUCUGUUUGUUUCUUAUAGAGUUCAUCCAGGGAUUCUAUCUGUUUGUUUAGUUCCUCCAAAUUUUUAACUGUGUCUUCUUUAGAUAUGUUCAGAAUCUCCUUCAUUACUUUUAACAUGUCUUUUUUUUACCUACAAGAUUAUUUCUAGUUUGAAUUUCUUUAAUACUUCCCAAAGUUGCUUCUUUAUUUCAGUUACUAUUAUUUCAGGUAUUUCAGUUAUGUUGAAUGUGUUUUCUUCUAUGCACAUGUCUCCUAGGCUUUUUGAGGAUGGGCUGAAUGUUUGAGAUUGCAUUUUGGUCUUUCAUUUUGUCAUUUUGCUGUAUUUUCAAGCUUCAAGUGUUGUUCCAAGUGAGGGAGUGAGUUCACCCAGAUUGGGACGGGAUUCCAUGCCUACGCCGAACUUGCUGGCAAGGUAGGGAGUUCCCCCACACUGCAAUUGGAAUCUGUUCCUCGGCCCCACUUGCUGGUCCCAGCAGGAAUCCUUGGGCUUUUCCCCAGGUGAGGAAGAGAAUUACCCCAGACUGGGACAGGAUUCUGUGCCUUGGCCCGACUCCCUGGUUCCAACUCGCUGGUCCCAAAUCACUGGUCCCAGUGGGCAACCACGGGCUGGUCCCCAGGUGAGGAAGGGAGUUCCUCCAGACUUGGAUGAUAUUCCGUGCCUUGGCCUGAGUUGCUGGUCCUGGCAGGAAACCAUGGAUUCUACAUCAGGAUUGAUUAUUAACUGCUUUCAUAUCCUACAACGUCUUUAAAUUGUGUUUUUAUAAAAAUAGCUAUAUAAUGUUAUGCUUAAUUGUAUAGUCCCUGAUGAUGUGGACAAUUCUAUUGAAAAUAACAAGAGAAAGCAUAGUAAGUACUUUAUAUCACCUAAUAUUGUGGUCUUAUAUGUCUCGUUCAUAUCAUGAUUUUCUAGGAAUUUGUUUUGUUGUCUUAUUUUGAUCUGUUUUCCCCUAUAACACAGAAAGGAUAGAUAUACACAUAGAGAUUCACACAUUGGAAGAAUUUCUAACCUAUUUAUUUCAACAAAUAAUAUAAUGCAUAAUGUAAUGAACAGAUACUCUGAAGAAGAAAUGACACUAAGAAACCCAAAGCUAAUUCUGUAGCAUUAUGAUAUAAAAUUGAGCAAUACUAUUAUUCACUGUUCAGAGUGAUAUUAGUCUAGUCUCUUAUUUUUUUGUGAACUGUAAUUUUAACAUGGCAUUGUUUUAAUCUUUUGAUGCACAUGCUUCAUUUUCUCUUUCAUAAAUGAUGUUUCUGAAGUUGAUGCAAUAUUUGGCCUUAAGAUAUACAUUUGUAGAGGCUUGGAGUAUGUGUUUUUGACAGAGUUGUGUUCUUUUCACAUAACUUGUACAUUAAUGAAUGUUAUGUUUUCCAAGUUGUGACAAGACAUCUGCUGAUUUCCUAACAUCACUGGAUAUCAUACCAUGUAAAUUAUGUUGCCUGAUUUUGUUUCUCGGUGGAGCCAAUAUUUGUCAUUUAAGUAAACCUUUGUUUUUCUAACCAUCAGAAUUUUACUUGUUAUGUUUAUAUUACAUCUUUAUUUGCUAGUAAGGUUUCCCCACAUCUACCAAAUGUAAACCAUACUACUGUGAAUUUCUGAUUGUGCCAUACUGACAGAAUCAUAACUUGUCUCCAAUAGCACAUCACAAUAUAUAUAUAUAUAUAUAUAUAUAUAUAUAUAUAUAUAUAUAUCAAUAUCUCCAGAAAUUAUAAAAUUUGGCAUGAUUUAUGAGUAACCAUACUUUGAAAUCAAUUUUUCUUAAAUAUGGAGUUGUUUGGGGGGAAAUGUUGUUAUUAGAUGUAUCAUGCAAAUGCCUUUAUUUUAUUCCUUGAUGCUGUGAUUGCAUUAUAUAUUUUGUUAUUAUGACUGUUUUUUCCAAAAAUACUGAAGUAAUGGCAUGAAGGGAAACCUAAAUUUUGAGCUGUCAACACAGUAAAAAGUAAAUUUGUUAAAUUAAGAUUCAGAUUAUGUUCUGUUUUACUGAAUUGUGAAUUUAUACAAUGGCAUAUCACUUUAUUUAUAAGGACCAGUGCAUGAUGUUUGUGGUGUGUACUGAUUAUCUUUAAACACAUACACUGGGCCAUGAGUCCCAGCUGGUUUCCUGUGGCCUGUAGUUUUCACUUCCAUUUUAACAUUCAUGUAAUUUGUAAUAUGUUUAAUGCUGUGUUGUUGAAUACAAAAUCUGCUUAGGAAUUAUGUUGUUAAAAACUGUGGUGUUAUGAAAACACAAGUGAACAUUGCAUUAAGUACCCUUAAUCCAGUGAAGAUAGCUUGCCCAAGUCUCAAUUAUCCUUGGGAAAAUAAAUUACUUACCUCUUAUGUAAUCACCACUAAAACUAUAUCUAUUUUGUACUUGAAGAACCUGAUGUGCUUCACAAAGUAAAAGACACUGUGAAGUACAUUGUCUCAAUUCUCACUUUCUCAUUGUCUCAAUUAUCCUUGGGAAAAUAAAUUACUUACCUCUUAUGUAAUCACCACUAAAACUAUAUCUAUUUUGUACCUGAAGAACCUGAUAUACUUCACAAAGUAAAAGACACUGUGAAGUACAUUGUCAGUCUGUAUGUACUACAGCAUGUGGACAGAUUCCCUGCAGCAUAUUUCUGCUUACCAUCAGUGGGAAUAUUUGGAGUUUGUAUUACAGCUAAUAAUAGAAUACUGAAUCUAUAAGACAUAUACCUUGAGUCCAUGCACUUUCUCAUUUUACCAUGAAAGUAAAUCUUGCUGGUCCUGUUGAUGCAUGCCUGUAAUCCUAGCACCUCAGUGGGCUUAAAUUAGUGGAAGAGGAAGUUGAGUCUAACCUACACAAUUAGAGUGACCUUGUCUCAAAUAUAUCUUCAAGUUCUGCAGAUGUAGCUCAAUGCUUUAGAUCUCCUCCCUUUCUUCCCCAUCAUCAACAUUUUUUAAUAAUCACAAUUGCACAUCAGUAGUUGUCCUUUUAUCGGUUGGCCAUGUAUCUGUUAUUCUGGAGAAUCACUUGUGAAACACAUUUGUUUUUGCAGUGACCAUCCUGAGCAUCAUUUGGGCAGUUGUCAAUUUAACCCAUUCAUUCUUGUAUUGAGUACAUUAGAAUUGUCACUUUUAUAUUUCUUGUUAUUUUAUAAAAACUAACAAAAAGUAUGCAGUUUUUGAUAAUUUUGUAUUUAAAUAAUUGCAUUGGUAAAGAGUUACCUAUAAAGGUUAGGCUAAAGAUGAUUUCUUUAGUUCAAGCAUCAGGAGAGAAUGAGAUGGGGUGAUAAUGGCUUUGAAGCUGACUUUGGGAGGCAAUUGCUAUAUGGUUUAGCAGAGUGUGAAACAGUUUUUUUAUGCCUGCAUUUGAAGUUUUAGGAAACAAGUACGUUGAGGUCAAGAAUAUAAAUGUACGAUAGGGUAAAAGAAUCACUACUGCAAAUUGUGAUUUUUCUUCAUUCAAGAAGUGUACAUUUUUUGGUAAUUUGUGCAGCAGUCUCAAAUAUGCCUCUAUUGGAGUAAAACAUAGUGAAACAUGAAAGAGCCAGACAUUCCAUGUUCUGAAUGUAGAGGUAUUAAAAAACAUUUUUUAAAUACUAUUGCUGCUGUUUUGUGUAGAAAAUAAGAUAGCGUGACAAAACAAGGAAAAAGGACUUUGUAAGAUUUUAAUCCUCCUGCAUAAGCAUAGAUGCCACAAAAAAGUCAAACCAAAAUGAUGAAGAAAUAAACUACAGAAUGAGAGAAAUUUUGCCUAUUACUCCCUGACAGCUAACAUGUAAAACCAAUAGGAACGUCCAAGGAAUGCACAUUUUUCAGCAUAUGUACAAAUUGCCAAGAAAUACCUGAAGAACUAUUGAGCAUUUUUGCACAAUAGAGAAAUGCAAAUAGGGACAUCAUUUCAUUGCAUAGAGAACUAAUCACCAUAAGAUCUAAAGAACAUUCAGAAGACUACAGGAGAAAAGGAACUAUUUAACCGUGUUGGUGGAAAUGUAGUUAAGUAUUUCAACUACUAUGGAAGUCAGUUUUUAAAGUAUUCAAAAGACUAAAAUUAGUAAUUCUCAUUAGUGCAGUGCCUCAUUUAGUGGGUGUCUUCCCCAAAGAGUUAAGGACAUAUUGCAGUGACUCAUGUAGAUUCCUGUUACUGCAGCAAUAUUCAAUUUUCUGUGGAGAGCAGCAUCAAGCACUGCUCCAUCCCCAGCAAAUACCAAUGAUGAACAACAAAUACUCACUAGUGUACUCCAUUUGAUAAACUGUGUGAUAUUUUAUUGUGAAGUUGGCUGUGACUUAGGUUUUCCAGUAGACUACUGGUCAGUAUAAAUAUAAUAGUGAUGUUAAUGUCACAAGGCCAUCACUAGUACACUAUUAUGUUCAUUAGAUUUGAUGUAUUUAUCUUUUUGAGGAUGCAUGUUGCUAUGAAGUUCAGGCUGGCUUUGAGGUCACAUUAUAACCCAGAGUGGUCUCAAACAAUUCUCCUUCCUUAGUGUCUCAAGUACUGGACUCCACACAAGAGCCACCAGGCCUAGUUUAUAUUUAGUAUAUUAAGUACAUAUUUAGGAUAUUUUAUUUCAACUGUUUUUGUUGUUAAAGUAUUUCCAUAUUUUACCUCCAGCAUUUGUAGAAACUUCAGCCUUAUUGAGGUGGUGAUGUGCAUAUCACCAGCCUCAUGACAUUGUCUGCUGGGUUCAGAGCUAUCAGUGUACUGCAGUGAAACAUAGCUGUACAUAACUCUUUCUUUUUCUACUUUCCUUAGAAAACAUUUUUAAAAUUUCCAUGGAUAAUCACAGGGUCAAUAACCCUGGCUAGAGUUUCAUGCAAAUUCUCAAAGUUAAGUACAGUGUAGCACUGACCCGAAGAUACUCUCUGUCAUCUGAGAGUCUUUAUAGUCCUUUCUGUACACACACUGUGCUUGAGCCAGCACCUGUUGUGAGUCCCAGAGUCUGCUGCAAAGCCAUGGAACACAUAGCUUUGUGACCGCCUCUAGACUGGUGUCCUAUAUGCCACUCUGCUGGGGCAGAGCACAGCUUCUGGCAGGAAGCCAGAGGCUCUGAGGCUCUGAGACAACACAGGUUUUUCUUUGUGAACACAGGUAAUCUUAUAUUUCUGUAAGACAGACAGCUCUGUCCCAUAUUUCUACCCAGGAAGACAGGAGAGGAUUCUGGAGACUGGAUUACUCAGGGGUGCUGCCUUUCUGCUCUGCCAUCCUGAUCUUGGGUGGGAACCUGACAGUGGCUCCGGCUUGGAUCCCCCCCAGACCUGCACUUGCCCAUGAGUAUCUGCCCUCAGGGCAUGUCAGACCCAGUCACACUUGACUUAGGGCAGGAAUUGUGUCGGGGGAUUCACAGUGGUAGUCAGGCCUUAAUGUUACUCUGCUGGACUCAGUGAGUCUGAGUGGCUUGUGGCUGAGUCUAGUAACACCUGUCCUGGUCUCUCUCCUGCCUCUGGCUUCCAGAAGGCUGGGGACAGUGAGCCCUGUCCUUUAAUGCCCUUGUCAUUUGGCAUUUGCCCGCAAGCACCCUGAAGGCUCUGGGAUAAGAGAACCAUUUUUUCAGCCAUUCCCACAUAGUCUCCCUAUGCAGGAUCCUGAGGCUGGGGUCUCGUGUCCCGGGAAAGCAGCAUAACCUGCUCCCUGCUCACUGUCUUGAGCCAACUGUCUGUACAGACCAACUGUCAACAGACCAAGGUGCCUGGUGACCUAAGCCUUCAGAGUUCUGUUUGGACCUAUUGCCAAGGAAGUGAGGUCAUGCACUGGGGUCCGCAGUUUGGCCUUCCUCUGGGAUAUCACCUUUCUUUUUGUUGUGGAACAAAUCUAUGUCCUCCUUAGAAACAACAAGUUAAAAUGCUAGAAAACUGUGUGUACUUUCAGACUUUGUUGCACUUCGAAGAUUUUAAUGCAGCAGACAUGUAGAUGCUUCAGAUGUGUCAGGCUGGGUGCCAAACACAAAUGUCCAUCCAAAGGGUCCAUUGUCUCGGAGAAUGAAAGACACAUUGUCUUCUGUUGAAGAUUUGUCAAAUGUUAGGAUGACUUCCUUUCUUGGGCUUAUGUUAGUUUAAUUUCAGUUCCAUUAGGAAGCAAAAUACCCAUAAUAAUUUUACCAAACAAUGUGAAGGUCUCAUGUUAUAAACCCCAUAUAUCCAGGGGAGGAGGAUUCAUAGCCAGUUUUACUCUCGCAUGAUUAGGAAUGAUUAUUUAUUCAUCCUUAGAUGUUCAACUCAGCUAUACACUGUAGUGCUCCAAACUAUGACCCCCAGGGAGGGGGGACAGCAGGUGGUGAGUACAAGGGGAGGUGACAUCAUCACCCCAUACUGAUGAAGGACACAUGUGCAUCACUCCUAGGGAACUUGUCUCCUAGCUGCUGCUGUGAGUUCCUUUCCUCCCAUGCCAAUCAGACCAUGGGCUUUGUGUUCCUGAUGGGUAGUUUCCCUUUCCUAGAGGUGAUGGUGCUGAGCCUUUUCAGUUGUAAUACUCUUUGGUUGGUCUCCUUGAAGCAGUGUUUCCAUGCUGGGCUCUCUCUGUGCUGCCAACACCCACUAUUAUGUGGCUGAACCAAGCACAUGCACCUGUCACCCAUGUUGUGAUGGCCACUUUUUAUGUUUUUGGGUCGGACUUCAAAAGGAAGCUGCCACACCCAUUCUUACAUAAGCAUUUGAGUGGAUACCGACGUUUAUUUCAAAGAAAAUGCAUCAUAUUGCUGGUGUAUGGAUAACUUAGAAAUUCUUGCUGUAUUUUUCUAAGCAAAUGUUUAAAGCAGAGUUAUGUGGUUCCUUUUUUAUUUUGUUUUGUGUUAUUAUGCUAUACUAUAUUAUGCUCUGUUAUGUUAUAUUGUGUUAUAUGUUGGUGAGGAUUUUGAAAGUCCUUCAGGGUGUUUUCAGUACUUUCUGAUUUGGUUUUGUAUAACCAACCUAAUGAACUUUGGAAUAUCAAAAACUUUGAGGAAUUUUUUGCGCAAAAUUUAAAGAGGAAAACACAAUCAGGGAUGUUGUUGCACACCUGUUAUUCCAGGAGUCUGAAGGCUGAGGAAGAAAGUUUGUGGUGAGUUUUAGGUCAUCCUGGGCCACAGGGAAGAUCAAGGCCAGACUGAACAGCAUAGCAAAACCCUGUCUGAAAAAAAAAAGAAAGAAGAAAGAGAGAAAAAAAUGAUAAAAAUGAAAAGUCAAAAAUAGACUUUCUAGUGAAAAAUCUUUGUGAGGUUGUCUUGCAUGUGUACUUUAGUCAGCACACCUAGCAUAAGGUUUACCAUCAUGGAGACAUUGAUGUGCUUCCUGGUGUUUGUACUCUUUCAAUUUUUUAAGGCUUUUUACUUAGAUGACUGCAGAUAUGCUGCUGAGUAUAUCCUCUUAGGAUUUGGGUAGUUCCGUAUGAAGAGAUUUUGAUCAUUCUGGUUUUUGUUUCUGUCCUCAAUUUAUAUUUAAUACCAGAAUUUGAGCAAUGGAUUACUAUUUUUAUUUUGAAAUAAUAAUAAGAAUCAUAUAAAGAUACACUUUUUAAGUCUAUGAAAAGAUAAAAUAAGUAUAGAUUAAUAGUGAUUAAUGUACCUUCUUCAGUGACUUCUGAGAUUUAUUAAAGAUCAAUAUUUUCAUACAUUUGUAAAAGCUUUGGUUUGGUACAAAUUUUAAGACAUGGUCUCACUAAUUUUCUAAAUGUCCCAGGCUAGGCUUAAACCUUUCCUCAUCAUUCCUCCCUCUCCCAGAGUGCUGGGAUUACAGGUGUAUAUUACCCUGAGUUGGCAAUUAUUAGCAAUGUUGUGUAUUCAUGAAAUAAAAUGUUUGGCUUUGGUCUUCAGACACUUUGUAGAAAGAGUCAUUCUACUUAAGCCACCUUGCUAUCCUGCAGCUUCUUUCACAGUGAGUAGGACUGAAAAUCCCAUUAACACUGUUAGUAGAUUCUCUGCUUUUCUAACUAUGGUCAGCAGGCACUUCAGAAGAUCACUCCAAAUGCCUUCUGCACUAGGAUUGAGGCUUGGUGUCUUUGAAGCACAUUCUCUUUUUGUUUGAUCCCUCAUGGAAUUUGAUGAUUGUUUGAAGUCAAAUUGCAAGAAAGGUGGGAAGGUUAAAGUUACUUGGGGCACACUCCCCUCCAGAAGGCCAGGCCAGUCUAAAAAUUUAUUUACCCUCCUAGUGUCAGUUGCAAAGUUUUUUUUUAGUGUUGUCCAAUUUCUAGGAUUUGAAUACAGAGCUUUGCAUUGGCUUCUUUGUCUUCACCUUUUAACACCUUUCUUGUUUUGAGCUAGGUCCUUAAUAAAUGGCUAAAUUGUUGAGGCUCACCUUGAAUUAGUGAUGCUCCUGACUCAGCCUUCCAGACUGCUAGGAUUACAAGCCACACCAGCAGACCCAGUCUCAUCAUAGUGUUGUUAAAAACUUAUUGGCUGCCCUGCUGCCGCCUCUCUCACCUGGGCCCAUACUACGAGCACUGGGGACUGGAAGGUGAACAUCCAGCUGAGCGGAGGCCGGCCCUGCUGCCGCCUCUCCUGCCCAGGGCCCAACUACCACUGCUGGGGACUGGAAGGUGCAUGUCCAGCCAAGUGGAGGCCUGCCCUGCUGCUGCCUCUCCCGCCAAGGACCCAUACUGCCACCGCUCGGGACUGGAAGCUGCGCAUCCAGCUGAGCAGAGGCCAGCCCUGCUGUCGCCUCUCCCGCCCAGGGCCCAUACUACCAUCUCUGGGGACUGGAAGGUGUGCAUCCAGCUGAGCUAAGACGACUCCGGUCCGGCCCUGAAACUGUGCAAAUUGAGGAAGCUUUAGGUCUACCUGAGAGGAGCCUAGCAAGCCUCUUUUAAUCCAGGGGCUCCGCUGCCCAAGGAGGGAGCUACUUCAAGAGGAGUCCCAAAAGCCUACAACAUAAGAGUCAAUUUACAACACAACCAGAGAAACUCUGAAACAACACUUGAAACACAGUAAUAUAGUAAAAUGACAAAAUGAAAGACCAAAAUGCAAUCUCAAACACCCAACCCAUCCCCCAGGAAAGCCUAGGAGCCAGGUACAUAGAAGAAAAUACAUGCCAUAUACCUGAAAUACCGAAACAAUAGUAACAGAAAUAAAGAAGCAGCUUCAGGAAGCUUGAAAGAAUUCAAACUAGAAAUAAUAUAUCAGGUAAAAGAAGAAAUAAUAAAAGAAAUGAAGGAGAUGCUGAACAUAUCUAAAGACACAGCUAAAAAAUUGGAGGAACUAAACAAAAGGAUAGAAUCUCUGGAUGAACAAUAUAAGAAACAAACAGAAUAUAUAAGACAGAUGCAAAGAGAUAUACAGGAAAUCAAAAGCAACAUUAAAAGUUGUAAAAACCGCCUGAAUGAAUGCGAAGAUAGAAUUUCAGACCUCAAAGACAAGAUUGCAGCCAGUGAGCAGGAAACAAAAGAUCUUUUAAAAAUAACAAGAAAUCAAGAAAUAACAAUACAACACCUGCAAGAUGACACAAAGAAAAACAACAUCAGGUUGAUACCAUAAAUGAAAAAGAACGAGACAAUACAAAGGAUGUCAAGAGGAUAUUUAAAGAAGUAAUUGCUGAAAACUUCCCAAACAUGAAAUUGGAAACUGAUAUCAGGAUCAAUGAGGCAUAUAGAACUCCAAAUAGCCAUAACCAAAAUAAAACUACACCCAGACAUAUAAAAAUCACCAUCCCAGAAAUGGAACAAAAGAAUAGAAUAAUAAAAGCUGUCAGAGAUAAAAGACAGAUCACCUAUAAAGGAAAACCUAUCAGAAUCACAGCAGACUUCUCAACACAAACAAUAAAGGCAAGAAGAGCAUGGAGCGAAGUAUUUCAUACCCUAAAGGAAAAUGAUUUCCAACCUAGACUGAUGUACCCUGAAAAGCUGUCCUUCAAAAUUGAUGGAGAAAUAAGACACUUCCACGACAAAUAACAGCUGAAGAAAUUCAUGAUCACCAAGCCAAUCCUGCCAAAAAUACUGAAAGACAGCCUAGAUACACUUAAGAAAAAAACACUUAACAAAGCAGACAAUUAAAUAGAACAAAAAGAUAAAGAUGCAACUGCAGAAAUAUAACAUGUCACUAAUAAACCAAUAUAUAACACUUAUAACUGUUAACACAAAUGGUCUCAAUGCACUAAUUAAAAGAAAUACACUGGCGGAAUAGAUCAAGAAACAAAAUCCAACCAUAUUCUGUUUACAAGAAACCCAUCUAACCCAAAAGGAUACUCACAAACUGAAAGUCAAAGGAUGGAAAACAACACUUCAUGCAACAGGAACCACCCAACAAAGCGGGGGUAGCUAUUCUGUUUGCAGACAAUGUGAACUUCAAACCAAUAAUGAUCAGAAGAGAAAAAGCGGGUCACUACAUACUGGUUAUGGGAAAACUUCAAGAGGAAGAGAUAACUAUCUUAAAUAUAUAUGCACCAAAUUCCAAAGCACCCAGUUAUAUAAAACAAGUAAUAUCAGAAAUGAAAAACCAAAUUAGUAAUAAUACAAUUAUAACAGGAUGUUUUAACACACCAUUGACACCAAUGGACGGAUCAACAGGACAGAAAAUCAGCAAAGAGAUAAAAGAACUGAAUCACACCUGUGAACAAAUGGAAUUGUUAGACAUAUAUAGAGUAUUCUGCCCAACAACAACAGAAUACACAUUUUUCUCAGCAGUACAUGGGUCAUUCUAUAAAAUAGACCAUAUAUUAACUCAUAGAACAUAUUUAAAGAAAUGCAAAAGAGUUGAAAUCAUCCCCUGCAUGUUACCAGAUCAUAGCACUAUGAAAUUAGUAAUUAAUGAUAAAAGAUACUGGAAAAAUCCCAUAAACACAUGGAAACUGAAUAACCCACUCUUGAGUUAUCAGUGGGUCACAGAGGAAAUUAAAUAAUACCUACAAACAAAUGAAAACACAAAUACAAGUUACUGGAAUCUGUGGGAUACAAUGAAAGCUGUCCUCAGAGGAAAAUUUAUUGCACUGAGUUCCCAUAUCCAGAAAACAGAACAAAUACAAAUAAAUAACUUGAUGCUACACCCCAAACAGCUUGAAAAAGAAGAGCAAGUCAAGCCCAAAGCCAAAAGAAGAGAGGAAAUUAUAAAAAUCAGACCAGAAAUCAAUGCAAUAGAGACUAAGAAAACAAUACAAAGAUUCAAUCAAUCAAAGAGUUGGUUCUUUGAAAGAAUAAAUAAAAUUGAUAGGCCCCUAGCCAACCUUAUUAAAAAAAAGGGGAAGAAAAUGCUCAAAUUCAUGCAAUAAGGAAUGAAAAAUGUGAAAUCACUACAGACCCAAUAGAAAUACAGAAUAUCAUCAACACCUAUAACAAAAACCUCUACCCUCAAAGGUUAGAUAACACAGAAGAAAUAAACAGAUUUCUAGAAGCAUAUGAAGUACCAAAGCUAGGUCAAGAAGAAGUAAAACUGCUGAAUAACCCAGUUUCUAUUCAUGAAAUUGAAAAUGUAAUUAAGUCAUUACCUACAAAGAAGAGCUCAGGCCCAAAUGGAUUCCCUGCAGAAUUCUUCAAGAAAUACAAAGAGGACCUAAUGCUGACACUCCUCAAACUCUUCAAUGAAAUUGAAAGGGAAGGAAUCCUUCCUAAGUCAUUCCUGGAAGCAAAUAUUACCCUAGUACCAAAACCUGAGAAAGACCCAACUGAAAAAGAGAACUACAGACCAAUCUCCCUAAUGAACACAGAUGCAAAGAUCCUCAAUAAAAUAUUGGCAAAUAGGAUGCAGCAAGUCAUCAAGAAGAUUAUACACCAUGACCAAGUGGGAUUCAUUCCAGGUAUGCAGUGAUGGUUCAAUAUACGUAAAUCAAUAAAUGUAAUCCACCAUAUCAGUAGAGUCAAAAGUAAGAAUCAUGCGGUCAUUUCUAUAGAUGCAGAAAAAGCUUUUGAUAAGCUACAACACUCAUUUAUGAUAAGAACCUUACAGAAAAUUGGAAUAGAUGGUCUUUACCUCAACAUAAUAAAGGCCAUCUAUGACAAACCAACAGCCAGUGUCAUGCUAAAUGGCCAAAAAUUGAAGGCCUUUACUUUAAAAUUAAGCAGAAGACAAGGAUGUCCCCUGUCACUGCUCCUAUUUAAUAUAGUACUGGAAAUACUAGCCAGAGCAAUUAGACAUGAAAGAAAAAUAAAAGGCAUAAAGAUAGGAAAAGAAGAAGUUAAAUUAUCACUAUUUGCAGAUGAUAUGACACUCUACAUAGAAGAGCAAAAAAACUCCAUUGAAAGACUCCUAGAUAUAAUAAAUAAAUUCAGCAAUGUGGCUGGAUACAAAAACAAUACUCAAAAAUCAAUAGCAUUCUUAUAUACUAACAACAAAAUCACAGAGAGGGAAAUAAGAGAAGCCACAUCCUUCACACUGGCAACCAAGAAAAUGAAAUAUUUAGGAAUUACUCUCACAAAAGAAGUGAAAGAACUAUAUAGGGAAAAUUAUAAUACAUUGAAAAAUGAAAUUGAAGAUGAUCUCAGGAAAUGGAAGGACAUCCCUUGCUCAUGGAUAGGAAGAAUAAAUACUGUGAAAAUGGCCAUUUUCCCAACACUGUUAUACAGAUGCAAUGCAAUCCCAAUAAAAAUACCAUCAACAUACCUCAUAGAUCUCAAGAAAUAAAUCCUACAAUUCAUCUGGAACCAGAAGAGACCUAGAAUAGCAAGGACAGUUCUAAGCAGCAAAGGCACGGCAGGAGACAUCACAAUCCCUGACUUGAAGUUAUACUACAAUGCAACUGUAGUAAAAUCAACAUGGUACUGGAAUCAAACCAGAGCUGAAGACCAAUGGAAUAGUUUAGAAGAUACAACCACAGCUACAAACACACUCAACCACCUUGUCUUUGAUAAAGGGGCCAAACAGGUUCACUGGAAGAAUGACAGUCUCUUUAAUAAAUGGCGUUGGAAAAACUGGCUUUCCAUAUGCCGAAAACUAAAAGUAGACCCAUGCCUGUCUCCCUAUACUAAAAUAGUUACUAUUGUCUUCCCUAAUUUGCAACUUGAGGAACUAAAAUGCCUCUAAUGAUUUGAUUAGUUCUAUAAUAUGCAAUAAGUAUAUAAGGUGUGUGAAGAUGGGUUCAACUAUUUGUAAGAAACUAAAGACAGUUAGAUAGACAAUGAAGAUCUCCAGUGGGCUUGCUGCAAAAUCUGUAUUUCUUUAAAUUGUUUUCUUAACUGCUUUGUUCUGUUUUGAUAUGAUUAAUCUUACCCUCUUUGAGAUGUAAAACAAAUGAGUAGGACUGAUAACCAUAUUACUCAGCUUUUGUUUGAUCAUAGAGCAGAACAGGUUGUAGUGUCACUUUAUGAAUGUCAUUCUAAAUACUUUAAUUCUGUAACAUGAACAGCUAUUUCUAAGAUGAUAAUGUGUAACUUAUCAACCAGCAAUUUCUUAAUGUUUGUUUCUCUGUAAGUUUGUAUUAUUUCUACCCCUUUUUUAUCUCCAUGUAUUCUUUUGUUUCCUUUUCUUUAAAUAAAAAUAAAUAAAUAAAAAAUAAAAUCUAAAUUUAUCAAAGAUCUAAAUAUUAAAACAGAAACACUAAAUCUAUUGGAAGACAAAUUGGGUAAAAACCUUGAAGACAUAGGGGUAGGUAGGGAAUUCAUGAACAAGACUCAAACUGCAUGGGAAAUCCCAGAGUCAAUAACUGGGAUCACAUCUUAUUAAAAAUUUUCUGUACAUCGAAAGAAAUCUCUAACAUAGUGAAAAGUAAACCCACAAACUGGGAAAAAAAUCCUACUGAACUGUCCCUCUGACAAAGGACUUCUGUCUAAAACAUACAAAGAAUUAAAAAAAAUCAGACCCCCAAAAUUCAAAGACCCCAUCCAAAAAUGGGCAUCGGAGAUGAAUAAACAAUUUUCAGAUGAAGAAAUACAAACGGCAAAUAAAUAUAUGAAAAAAUGUUCAGCAUCACUAAUCAUUAGAGAAAUGCAAAUUAAAACCACACUGAGAUUUCAUCUCACCCCUGAAAGAAUCACCAAGAUCAAGAAAAUCACCAAUAACAAAUGCUGGAGAGGCUGUGGGGAAAAAUGAACUCUCCUGCAUUGUUCGUGGGAGUGUAGACUGGUGCAACCAUUGUGGAGGUCAGUCUGGAGAUUUCUCAGAAAGCUGGGACUGGAAACACCAUUUGACCCAGCUAUUCCACUCCUAGGCAUAUUCCCAGAAGAACUGAAAGCAUCAUACCACAGUGAUAUAUGUGCACCCAUGUUUAUAGCAGAACAAUUUGUAAUAGCCAGAUCUUGGAAACAACCUAACUGUCCAUCAACUGUGGAAUGGAUAAAAAAGUUGUGCUAUUUCUAUACAAUGGAGUACUACUCAGCUAUAAAGAAUGAUCACAUUGAGACAUUUAUAAAUAAAUGGCCACAGCUCGAGACCAUACUUAUAAGUGAAAUAAAUCAAACUCACCUGUAUAAAUACCGAAUAGUUUCCCUAGUGUAAGAAAUGAUAAGAAUACAUGAAAGUUCGUGGUAAUCAUGAUUCCCAGUCACACUGGUUUUAAGCCAUAUAAUUUUGUCACUCAUUACUUGGAAUGGUUUUAAUUUGGGUGUUUUUAUUUUAUUGUCUGUGAUACUACAAAUGACUAUUUUGAAGAGAAUAAGAGCGUAAUAGCUAGCGCUGAUUUAAUAUCAUCAUGUUUUGAAGCCCCAUCAAGUUUUUGUUCAUUUCCAUUGGUUCUAACAUGUGGUACCUUAUUAUAUCUUAAUGUAUUCGAUAGUAUAAGCAAGUUUUUUUUAUAGACAAAGAGAUAAUAUAGAAAUUGAUGUUUGGUUUUUGCUAGCUGGUUCUAAAUUCCCUGCAACAAUUUCAUUCUCUUGAAUGACUCUCACACUGUCUUGAUAAAUUUGAUGCUAUAGUAUACGAAGUUAGACUCAAAUAUUUCAAGGAAAGGGUCACUAUGGUAACUACUAUUAAUGUAACACUAUCUGGGGGUGAAACACAAUGAUGGUUAAAUUUUUCGAUUCUGACCAGUGUUGUUAUAUUGAUACGUUCUUUUUUUUUUAAUCUCAGUCUCCCCUCCUUUUUCUUUCCUUUUUAAAAAAUUAAUUUAUUUCUUAGUAUCUUUUAACUAAGGGAAAUUAAAUUAAAAAUAGUGUGAUAGAAUAUAGUAAUUUAUUUUUUGUUUCCCUAUUAACCUGAUUUGAACCCCUGUAGUGUUCUCCAUAUCUAGUUCUGACUGAUUUUAUUAUAUUCUGUUUCACUUAUAGUAUCAAGUUUGAGGGUAUAGGCAACCAUUUAGAAGGCAACCAGAUUUUCUAUGAUGCCCAUUAUUAUUUGACUAUUUUCUUCUUUGGAAUCCUGUAAGCUCUCCAAUGUGGUUUUAUUAGUCUUAUGUACAGUUUUGUUCAAUUCUUUUAUACUAGCUGAUAUAGGCUACUCUUUUUAGGAUAACAAGAGGCAUAAUGGUAACCAUUGUUGAUCAACUAGUAAUCCCCCCUUAUUUUUUUAUUUUUCAGUUUAUGCUAUGUCCAUGCUCCUGAUCUAAAUGACUCUGUUUUGCUUUGUCACAUUGGGUUUUUCUAUGGUGCGUCUUGCUUUGUUUUUUGUUUUUUAGCCUUUUUUUCAAACUUUUUUCUUUUCCUCUUCAAAAAAAAGUUAAAAAAAAAAAACUGUGGAAGUAAUGGAAACUAAAAUGCACGAUUGUUAGUGGAAACAAGAGAGAAAGAAAAGUGAUUCAAGGAUAUAACUGCAAGGUUAUUGAAAUGUGUAGGAAAGAGAUCCAUAUUGCUGAGUUUUUCUUGGAUCAUUGAACAGAACUGACUGAAAUCUCACUGUAUUAAUCUCCACUUUGUAUGCUUUAAUUUUGUAAUCAGGACAGCUGUUUGUAAGUUGAGAGUGUGUGAUCUAUUAACUGGUGAACUCUGACAGUAUGUUUUUUCUCUUGAAAUUCUGUGUUGCUUCUAGCCUUUUACUGUGUUGCUUCAUUUAGUUUUGUUUUUCUCUUUAAAUUAAAAAAAAAAAACUUAUUGGCAGAGCAAGGAAUGGUGAAAAUACCUGUAAUGCCUGUACUCAAGUGGCUGAGGCACCAGGGUUCCUGGGAGUUCCAGACAAGCCUGCAACAUAUUCUGAGUUCAGCUCAGGCUACAAUGACACAGGGAGACCCUGACUAUAAAAAGAAAAUGAAAAAAUAGGGAAGAAAAGAAAGGAAAGAAGAAACAAAAUAAAAUUCCUAGUGAUUUUGUCACUUGGUGUGCAUCUGGGCAAGCUGUUUUAGUCUGUGGUCCUUUUCUUCCAGUGUAAAACCCUUUUGACUACUGUUACUUUAUAAUACCUGGAAACUAGUAUUUUGAUGCCUCUACUUUUAAUGUUCUUUCUAUGGCUAUAGGAAGACUCUUUGUACUUCCUUGUGAAUUUCAAUUUUUUUAAUGUUUCUAGGAAAAUGGCAUGGAUACUUUGACACGAAUGGCACUGAAACACCUGGUUGCUCUGGGUAGCAUGUACAUUAUAACGUGAAUUCUUCCCAUCCCUCUUCACAGUAUGGCUUUUCUUCUGUCAGUGCUCUUCUACUUAUUGCAUUCCAAGAAGAUGUGUGUUUGCUUUAAUUUCCCUAAUCAUUAGUUAUUUUUGAUUAUUUGUGAAAUGAAUUGUGUUCUUUGUAUUUGAGGCUACAAUUUGUUUGUAGUAUGUAGUAAUGAAUUGAUUAGGGCAUGUUGCUUGUGUAUCCUGCAAAUUAAGUGAUUUGUGAAUUUGUUCUAUAAGGUUGUCAAUGUAGUUUAAAUCUCUUAUAUACAAUGCUGCACCCUCAGGAGAACUGCAACAACAAUUAAUUCUUCCUUUCUGAUUUGGAAGGCUUUGCUUUCUCUUUCUGGAUCAAAUUCUAUGGCCAGGACUUUGAGUACUGUAUGUUGAAAAGAGUUGCAAGCCUUGUCUCCUUCCUGACCCUAGAAGCUAAGUUUGCAGCUUGUCACCCCCUGAGCACCAUGUCAAGGAUGGAGCUUGCCAUGCUGUGCUGAGGUCCAUUCCUCCUACUUAUAGUUUAUGAAUGAUUUUUAUCCUGAAAAAAUGGUGACCUUUUGAGCUUCUCAAAGCUGUUUUUCCAAAUCUCUUCAGGGGUUAGCUGUGCCUUAUGCUGUGAAUGUGGUAAGCGACACAAUAGUUUGUGCGAGAGGGAACAUUCUUGCACCACUGAGAUUGAGCCCAGUGUUGAUCAUGUUGGUUAAUUUUGAACAUGCUGGUGAAUUAAUGUGGCAAACAUUUAGCUGAAUACUUUUGUUUGUUAGGAAUAUUAGCCAACAGAGUGUUUUCAUUUAUUUUAUUUUUAACACAUUAUUGUCUGGCUUCAUUCUCAGGAUAACUUGUCACUUAAAAGAAGUUGGUGGUGGUUUUUUCUCCAACUUGAUAGAAGAAUUGAAAAACAAGCAGUAUUCAUUGUUUAUUAUAUACUGGAUAAAAUUCACCAGUGCACUUAUUGUAUCCCAGCUUUGUUGUUGUUAUUAAGCAGCUGUGAUGUUUACCCAUUGCCUGUGCUCCUUAUUGCUCUGUUCAUCAGACUGUUUCCUUCUGAUGCGUGUGGUUCGGGGACAUCAAUGGACACCACAUAUCCUUUAAGGGUCACAUCUCAUUUUAUUUAUGGAUGCUACCAUUUACCUUUGUAUCUUCAAACUAUCUCCAUAAUAUAUAAUUUUGUGAGUAACUCCUUUCAGUUACUCAGUUUUUAAUGC